AUGGAUAACUUUCAGAAGCUAGAAAAGCUCGGGGAGGGUACCUAUGGCGUCGUAUACAAAGCCCGCGAUCUCGCCAACGGCGGCCGCAUAGUCGCGCUGAAAAAGAUCCGCCUCGAGACCGAAGACGAGGGCGUGCCCAGCACGGCCAUCCGCGAGAUCUCACUGCUCAAGGAGAUGAAGCACCCCAACAUCAUGCGCCUCUUCAACAUUGUGCACGCCGACGGCCACAAUCUCUACCUCGUGUGCGAGUUCCUCGACCUCGACCUCAAGAAGUACAUGGAGACUCUUCCUGUCAGCGAUGGUGGAAGGGGCAAGGCCCUACCUGAGGGCUCGAGCGAAUCAUUGGGCCGCCUCGGACUAGGAGAUGCUAUGGUCAAGAAGUUCAUGUGGCAACUCUGCUCCGGCGUUCGCUACUGCCAUAGCCACCGUGUGCUCCACCGCGAUUUGAAGCCUCAGAACCUGUUGAUCGAUCGUGACGGCAACCUGAAGCUAGCAGAUUUUGGCCUGGCCCGUGCUUUUGGUGUACCGCUGCGGACCUACACCCACGAAGUCGUCACGCUCUGGUACCGCGCACCUGAGAUUCUGCUCGGCGGUAGGCAGUACUCGACUGGUGUCGACAUGUGGUCGGUGGGCUGCAUCUUUGCCGAGAUGUGCACGCGCAAGCCCCUGUUCCCUGGUGACUCGGAGAUUGACGAGAUUUUCAAGAUUUUCCGUGCCCUAGGAACCCCCUCGGAAGAUGUCUGGCCUGGCGUCACGUCGUAUCCCGACUUUAAGUCCAGUUUCCCCAAGUGGAGAAGAGAUUAUUCUGCUGUUCUCUGCCACAACCUCGAUGACAUGGGUCUUGAGCUGCUCGAGUUCAUGCUCGUGUACGAUCCUGCGAGCCGCAUCUCUGCUAAGGCUGCCGUCAACCACCCAUACUUUGAUUGA